UCUGCCCACCGAGAGAGAGUGCAGAUCAGCAGGCAGGUGAGUGCGUCUUUCUGCCCACCGAGAGAGAGUGCAGAUCAGCAUGCAGGUGAGUGCGUCUUUCUGCCCACCGAGAGACAGUGCAGAUCAGCAUGCAGAAGAGUGACAGGCUGUGUGUGGCUCUCCUUAUUGGACUGUGCGUGUGGAGGUCUGUCAGCGGGUUUUCUAGUGGCAGCAAUAUACCAGCAUCAGUCUGCACCACCCUGAAGGUCAACCACUUCGGUAGCACACAACAGACCUCAUCUCCACCCUACACUGUUACAGCCAACACGAGUAGCUAUCAGCCAGGAGACACCAUCAGAGUGACCCUCUCAGGAAGCGAGCAGUUUAGAGGCUUCCUGGUGGUGGCACAGACGGUGGAGGGGGGUGAACCUGUGGGAAGCUUCUCUGUCACGGACUCAGUGGAGACCACAAGGCUGCUGUGCGGUGCAGAGGUGUCUGCCCUGACUCAAACAAGAAACUCACUCAAGCCAAGUGUGACUGCGAUCUGGACUGCCCCUGCCUCUGACUCUCUCGGGAACAUUGUCUUCCGAGCCACAUUCAUCAAGAUGUUAACUGUUUUCUGGGAGAGAGUUUCCAGUGAUACAGUCACCAGACUUGGUGGCCAGACAACAUCAGCCCCUACCACUACUACAGCAACAACUGCCCCUGAUGUUACUACAGCAACAACUGCCCCUGAUGUUACUACAGCAACAACUGCCCCUACCACUACUACAGCAACAACUGCCCCUGACACUACUACAGCAACAACUGCCCCUGAUGUUACUACAGCAACAACUGCCCCUGAUGUUACUACAGCAACAACUGCCCCUGAUGUUACUACAGCAACAACUGCCCCUGACACUACUACAGCAACAACUGCCCCUGAUGCUACUACAGCAACAACUGCCCCUGAUGCUACUACAGCAACAACUGCCCCUCCCCCUGCAGCUACAUCUGCUCCUUUUGCAGACAGUGAAAUCUCUGCAGGCACCUGUGGGCGGACAGACAUCUGCAUCCGCUCCCCCCCAGGCUGUGAGCCAGCAGGAACAGCACCCUGUCUCUUUGUGCUGAUCUCCUUCCUAAAUCAAUCCAAAGUUCAGGCUCUACUACAGAUGAGGGGUGAAACUCCUGGAUACAUUGCUGUGGGCACCGAGCCUGUCCAAAACACAAUCAGCACUACGGCAGCCGUUUCUGUUCCAUACCCAAACGGAACCUUUGCGCUGCUCCUCUCUCAGUUUAAUGGAACCGCUCUGACCGGAACCAGCCAGCCAGAGACGGUCAGAAGCGUGGGAUCAGUUUCUAAGGGUGUUCUGCGUUCCUCGUCCUCCAUCAACAGCACCUCCAUUCUGACCAAUAUCACCUCCGGAACCAUCCGGGCACUAACCCCCAGAAACAUGCGCUUCUACAUCGCCACAGGCACCUUUGCGGAAGGAAGGCUGGGCACUCCUAAUGUCACUCGAGGUGUCACUGCUGAACUUCCUGCAGGAACAGGCAGCACUCUGAGCCCGUCUCAGGGAUCGACUCCCUCCGGGGCAGCAGGCGCAGGCUGUGAAGGGCUAAUGCUGGCUGCUAGCCUGUUCUUCAGGAUGCUGUGGUCUCCAGUCUGAAGGAGCUACAGUGAUGGGAUCCCCUCCUGUUUGACUCCAUAUUAAUCCUCCACAUUCAAUAUGUCAUAUACAACCCACCUGCAGGAACAACACCAUUACCUAACAAAUGAGAGUUCAAUAACUGUAGGUCCUGUAUUCACACCUAUUCUCCUCAAACUAAUCCAAUCCAUAAAACAGGUGUUAAAAUCACCCACUAACCUCUCCUACCCACUGCACCAGCUGCUUGCGAAUGGCACCUCCUCCUCUCCCCCCACCUUCUGCUGCUCUCCUCCUCCCUGCGGGUCUUUAUGGGGCUUCUGCCUGCUCUGACCCUUCUGCAGCAGGGGCUGUGUCCCUUCUCACACUGACACAAGAGGUUAGGGUUUCCGCAGACCCCUGCCCAGGGGCAGAGGUAGUAGUCAGUAAUGUUUUAUAAGACAGGCAGUAGUAGGAACUUACUAACACAUCCCAGUCCAGGCCCUGGUCCUCUCACGCCUGGACCACUGUAACUCCCUCUUUGCCUGUCUUCUUGCCUGUGCCAUCAAACCCUUGCGACUAAUCCAGAAUGCAGCCGCACGACUUGUCUACAUUCUCCCUAAAUGUGGUAAAGUUACCUUCCUGACCUCACUUCAUUGGCUUCCUGUUAUUCCUCACAUCAAGUUCAAAACCUUAGCGCUGGUAUACAGGACAGUGAUUGGGACAGCCCCCUUAUACAAACCAUCCCUGUCUGUACUGGUGUCUCAGUGGUGGAAUGGAUUCCCCAUGGGGGUCAGGACAGCGGAAU